AUGUCGAACUCCUCUACCCUAAAUCAGCUAUUGAUGCGGAACCGUCAAUGGGCACAGCUGAACUCGGGGUUAUUCCCGAAUGGCGAUCAGACUCCUAGGAUCCUAUGGAUUGGCUGCUCGGACUCCAGAGUCCCUGAGUCGGUUAUUUUUGCAGGCGUACCUGGAGAGGUAUUCACGCAUCGCAACAUCGCGAAGUAUAUUAACGCGCUAACUCCCUGUACAAUUGUCCAAGCGGGUGACUCGAGCGUGCUGUCCGCUAUCGCCUUCGCCGUCACUGCGCUCGGCGUCGAGCACAUCGUCGUGGUGGGACACACCAACUGCGGUGGCGUUGGGAUCUGCGUGAACAGUGCAGAGGACAAGCCUCGCUGCUUCAAUCGGGCGAAGGAAGGAUGUGGCCCGACAGAGCCGGAGGAGACGACUCAGUGGCCUCCCCCUCCGCCACUCGACACCUGGCUCGCGCCAAUCCGCCAGCGAGCAGAGAAGCUCCAGCCGACGACCGUGCUCCAGCUCAUAAAAGAUAACGUACAGCAGCAAGUUCAGAACGUCGUGCAGACUGCUACGGUGAGCAAUAACUGGGCGGGCCAAGGGAAGGGAAAGCUGCAGGGUGUGCACGGAUGGCUCUACCAUUUGGAGGACGGGCUCGUGGAGGAUCUAGGGUUUAGCGCUAACAGGCCAGAUAGAUCUGAGUGA